CUGGAGCGGGCGCUGUGCCGCCGCUGCGCCGUGGUCUCCAGCUCGGGGCAGAUGCUGGGCUCGCACCUGGGAGAGGCCAUCGACGGGCAGGACUGUGUCCUGCGCAUGAACCACGCGCCCACUGCCGGCUACGAGGAGGACGUCGGGGCACGGACCACUGUGCGGGUGGUGUCACACACCAGCGUCCCGCUGCUGCUCAGGAACCAGCCCUACUUCUUCCAGCAGUCUCAGGAGAGCCUUUACAUCAUCUGGGGGCCAGCAAAGAAGAUGAACCGGGAGAAGAGGGGCUCGACCUACCAGGCCCUGCUGAAGGUGACGCAGGUGUACCCACACCUGCAGAUCUACACCCUGACCGAGGAGAAGAUGACGUACUGCGAUGACAUCUUCCAGAACGAGACAGGGAAGAACAGGAUGCAGUCAGGUUCCUUCCUGAGCACGGGCUGGUUCACCAUGAUCCUGGCCAUGGAGCUGUGCGAGCAGAUCUACGUCUUUGGGAUGGUCAGCGACAGCUACUGCAGGGAGAAGAGCCACUUGAGUGUGCCCUACCACUACUUCGAGAAGGGCCGGCUGGAUGAGUGUGGGAUGUACCUGCUGCACGAGCGCGUGCGCCGCGGCGGGCACCGCUUCAUCACCGAGAAAGCCAUCUUCUCCCGCUGGGCCAAGAGGAGGAACAUCACCUUCACCCACCCGUCCUGGGCAGGCAAGUAG